AUGAUGAGCAAUGCGGGUUCCGCCUCUCGCGAUAAGGUGGCCCAGCAGGAGGAGGAGGAAGCUGAAGGUGGUGGCGGCGAUGAGAACUUGAUGGAAGAGUCGACCAUGGCCAUGUUGCCGAGCGAGAAGCCGACUGUGACGUUUCGGAUGAGCGAAGACCAACAGAUGUCAGUGGAAGACCAGCAGUCGACGGUGACCAGCAGCGCCACCAGGUGGGAGCGAUUCAAGUUUGGGUACUACACUGCCAUCCUGUAUCUGUCUUUCAUCGGUUUGGAUGCUGAAGUCGGAGGCAAAGUCGCCAUUAUAUUCGAUCACGGACAUCGCCUGGAAAUCUACGGAGCAGUGAAUAUUCUCGGCGGAAUCUCAAUCUGCGUGGCGCCGUUGAUGUUCAACUUCUGGGGAUUCUGCUUUGUGAUCUUCCUGUCCGGCCUUUUUACCGGUGUCAUGGAUGCAGGCGGGAACGUGAUGCUGCUGUCCCUGUGGGAAGGCGGCAGUGCCCCGUACAUGCAGGCCCUGCACUUCUUCUUCGGCCUCGGCGCCUUCCUCACUCCGCUGAUCUCCGAGCCCUUCCUGUCCCCGGACGUGAACCGGGAACAACUCCUGCACAACGAAACCGUCUCCUUCCUGCUCGACAACGGGACAGUGAGCAAAGUGGACGCCCACGUGGACCGAGACGAGGUGGCGGCCAUGAUCCGGAUCCCGUACCUCAUGGUCAUGGUCUGGAUGGUCCUGGUGGGCCUGUGCUUUUGGCACCUGGCCCUGGUGCAUCGGUGCAGCGGCGUCAUGAGUCCGUUCGAGCGGCGGACGAGUGGGUCUGCAGCAGCAGCAGCAGCGGCGGCGGAGGACGACGGGGAAGGGGAAGGCGGCCAGCAGAAGACGAGACAGGCGCCGAAAGUCGCCCGGGCCCUGCGCUGGUUCACCAUCUUCGCCAUGAGCAUGUUCUUCUUUUUCUACGUCGGCAUGGAGGUGGCCUAUGGGCAGUUGGUGUUCACCUUCGCCGUGACGAGCGGGGCGUCCCUGAAGAAGCCCGAGGCGGCGUUCCUCAAUUCCGCCUAUUGGGGCACUUACACGGCCACGAGACUCAUUUCGAUUUUCGUGGCGGUCUGCGUGCCGCCGAUGGUGAUGAUGUGGGUCGACUUUGGGGUCGUCACUUUGGCCGCCGCCAUUCUGUUGGCCGGCGCCGAAACGCCUGCUGGGCUCUGGGUCGGCUCGGCGUUGCUCGGGAUCGGAAUGGCGUCCAUCUUCCCGACCGGGAUCAUGUGGUACGAAUCGCAUGUGAUGGUGUCUUCCAAAAUAGCCUCCGUGUUCCUCAUUGGAUCCGCAGCUGGUGAAAUGACGGUGCCGUACCUCUCUAGCGUGCUGAUGCCAUUGAAUCCGAUGUAUCUCGUGUACCUGGUUUGCACCGUUGACGCGUGCUGCAUCAUUGUUUUUGUAAUGGUAACUGUUGCUUUGACAAGAAGACGGAACUGAGAAAUCUCAAUUGUUUUGAGAAAAAAGCGCAGCAGAGAAACUCGCCUGUGAAUAGGAGCAAUCAAGAAUUUCAGCAUUUUUGAAGCAGAAGCUGCACAAGCACAUAACUUCGCUUUAUGAGUGCUACAUUCCGUAAAACGAUUUAUUCUGUGGUUUGAAUGGCUUUGGUUUGAAAACGAUCAUGUAUAAUGAGGGACUGCUAAUUUUAUCUCUGACUUAAUUAAUGUGUCCAAUUUAAUUCCGGAACUGCUGAAUGAAAGCUUGAGGAAAUGAGCAUGUGAGGGUUAGUUCAAAAUUUUGGUCAGUCCUCAGUCAUGGAUAUUUGAUCAUUUCCUUAUUGAUGAUGCAACUUUUCCUUAUCCAGGGGGACAUUGAGAUAAGAAGGAAUUUUUGAGCUGUGUUCCUGAAAUAUUUUCUACUUGCCACGCUUGUAUUGAUUUUGGUACCGAAUAUUUUCUAAAAUAGAACUUAUGAUCAACCCGAGUGGAUGACUCCAUUGUUAAAUUGAUUAUUUCAGUAUGUGUGUUGCGAAUUUGCCUCAACUGUGGAACAAAAACAACCAAAUUAUGGUUAAUUCAAGUUCUUAUUAUCAAGUAAGUACAGUAUAUUUUGAUAAGUAUUUCGCCCAUGAAACUCGUGAACUUUCGCAGCUAACCAACUUUCAAAGCCCGCCUGUAUUUUGUGCAUGAUACCUGCCUGUUUUGACGAAAGGAAAAUAAAAGCAGUUCACUUACAA